AUGGCCGCCGUGCGUCGUGACCCUGCUCGGCGUGGGCAGCUGCAGGCGCUGGAGGAGAGCGCGGAGGUGCUGCGGGAGCGGUGCAACAAGCUGCACAAGAGCUGCCGCAAGUACAGUGACAGCAUGGUGGAGGCGAGGGACGCAGAGCUGGCGUUUGCGAAUGCAAUCGAUGGGUUCGCCAGCAGCCACGAGGACUCGCUCAGUGUGUCCAUAGGAGGUGCGCCGCUCCCAUCGCACGUGCUCUGCCUGACUCCUCGCAUCGCAUGGCCACUACCAGGGCCGGUGCUGACGCCCUUCAUAGACACCCUAAAGGAGCUCAGGUCGCACAAGGAUAUCCUCAAAUCACAGGUUUGUCACGCCCGCGCCUCUCUUUUCGUCUCGACUCACCUCACCCUCCCGUUUACUUUCUCACUCCCUCCUUUCUCUCGCGCUCACUGUCUCUCGUUGAUGUUUUCUAUGUGUGUGUGCAUGGGAGAGCAGGUGGAGCACAUGCUGAUAGACCGUCUGGCCAAGUUCAAGGACACGGACCUGCACAACCUCAAGGAGGUGCGCAAGCGCUUUGACAAGGCCAGCCAGCAGUACGACCAGAUGAGGGAGCGGUUUCUGUCAAUGAAGAAGGACACGCGCGCGGAGGUCAUGGGGGAGGCGGAGGACGACUUUCAGACCGCCAGGAUGCACUACGAGAAGGCCCGAUUUGCCCUCGUGGCAGCGCUGUCGAGCAUAGACUCGAGGAAGAAGUACGAGUUCAUAGAGUCCAUUGCCUCCACCAUGGAUGCGCACCUGCGCUUCUACAAGCAGGUGCUGACAUACGCGCAGCAGGCGCGGGAGCACGGGAACCAGGAGCAGGCGGUGCUGGGGGAGCGCAUGGGGGAGUACCAGCGCGACAAGGAGAUGGAGCUCGCCCGGGGGGACGAGAGCGCCCAGGCCGCUGAGCGCAUAGGCGGAGGGGGUGGCGGGGGAGGGCCGUACCAGGCGCUGCUGGGGGCCGGUGGCAGCAACUCGCUGCAAAAGGCGAUUGAGCAGCUCAUGGCGUCCACUCCCAAGGGCAAGGUGCAAGUGAUCAAGCAGGGCUAUCUACUCAAGCGCUCCUCCAACCUGAGAGCGGACUGGAAGCGGCGCUUCUUUGUGCUGGACUCACGGGGCAUGCUCUACUACUACCGCAAGCAGCAGCCCAAACCCUCCCAGAGCAUGUUUCAGCUGCAGGGUCUGCUGCAUGCGCGCUCGUCCACGCCCGACCCCAACCCCAGCCCCGCCAUGCCUCCCCUCUCCAUCUUCUCCCGCAUGCUCGCCCGCGACCGUGACGGCCCCACUGCUGGCGCCGCAGGGGGCAGCAGCAGCAGCAGUGGCGGCGGGCAGGGGGGAGUGCGAUCGGCGAGCUUCGCCUCCUCCCCUCCCCGCGACUUCGGUGGUUAUGUCUCCUCGCUGCCCCCCUCCAUCUCCCAAGCGGGAGGCGGGGGGGAUGAUGGAGGGGGAGGAGGGGGCGGGGGCGGCGGGGGAGGGUCGGUGUCGAAUCACGUGCUGAACCUGCUGACAGCAACCAUCAAGAUGGAUGCGGAGCAGUCGGAUCUGCGGUUCUGCUUCCGGAUCAUAUCGCCGGUGAAGACGUACACGCUGCAGGCGGAGAAUGGAGCGGAGCGCAGCGAGUGGAUGGACACCAUCACCGCUGUCAUCGCCACCCUGCUCAACCAACAGCUCUCCAACCCGCCUUGGUACAUCACCUGUUAUCGCCCUAUCAAAGUUGCAUCCUCCCGUUUAUGCCCACAGGCUUCCUGCUUUCCAUCCCCACUCCACCCGCUCUUCUCCCCCUCUCUCGCCUCUCACAUCCUCUCCCCUUCCCGUCCGCACCAGGCGCCGUCCUCCUCGCUCACCACAGGCAGCUCGCACCUGUCCAGCGACCCCUCGUCCUCAUGGCAGCACGCACGCCCAUCAGACGGCUCUGCAACGGACACAUCCUCUUCCUGCGCCACCGCAGCAGCACACGUCGACCGGCCUCUACAGCUGCUGGCGCACGUGGCGGGCAACCGCUGCUGUGUGGACUGCGGGGCUCCUGACCCUGACUGGGCGUCGCUCAACCUGGGUGUGCUCAUGUGCAUCGAGUGCUCCGGCGUGCAUAGGAACCUGGGCGUGCAUAUCAGCAAGGUGCGGUCGCUGACACUGGAUGUGCGGGUGUGGGAGCUGCCAGUGAUUGCACUCUUCAAGGCACUGGGGAACGAGUUUGCCAACACGGUGUGGGAGGAGACAUUGCCGCGCCGCAGUGCAUGUGAGGCAGAGGCAGGGGAGCAAAUCGAGAGUGCAGAGUCCAGCGUGGAAACACCCGCAGAAGCCACGGGGCGUGCAGCAGCGCAAGUACCGGUCAGCCUCGGUGCCACCAACUCCUCCUCCUCGUGUGCAGCAGAAGCGGGGAAGCCGUCCCCUGCCGAUCCUGUGGCUGUAAAGGAGCGGUUCAUCCAGGCUAAGUAUGUAGAGCGCAGGUUCCUAGUGUCGGGUACGCAGCAGUACGGUGGCAGGGAGGCAGGGGAGGAGCAACUGUGGCAGUCGGUGUGGGAUGGGGAUUUGCAGCAGGCAGCAAGAAUGCUCUUCAAUGCUGGGCUGGAUGUCAACAUGACACGCAGGAAAGGAGGAGCAGCAAGUGAAGGUCAUGGAGGCCCUUCCAUCUGCUGCUACCUUCCCAGCAGCCACAAGCAACGCAACUCACAUUCUUUUGCUGCCAACUCUACAAGAGGGCCACACACGGAGCAGAGCCGGGACAGUACAGCUUCUGACACCACGCUAGCUAGUUCCUCCUCUGGUGUGCUGGCUCAUGGGGAAACGGAGCAAGAGGAUGCGUCAUAUGGGUGUUGUCUGCUGCAUGUGGCAUGUUACCGGGGGGACACAGCAGCAGUGGAGCUGUUGCUGCAGCAGUCAGCUGAUGUGAAUGCGCGGGAUGCCAUGGGGAGGACACCUCUGCAUUGGUGCCUCUUGCUUGGUGUCUCUGCCUGUGCCAAGCAGUUGAUAGCCAGGGGGGCAAGUGUUUCUCUAAGAGACUCGUAUGGGCAAACACCUUUGGAGGCAGUGAUGGAACAGGGGGGAGCAAUUACUGAUAACGAUCUGCUGCUCAUUUUGGCACAGAGCCACUGA